CAAUAUAUGUACGUGUAAGAGCUCGUGUGGCCCUAAUCGCACCUCUUGGCGCGCUCCCAGAUGCAAAGCCACAGCACUAUGUCCUGAACAUACAUCGUCUGCUCUUUACCCCAGCCCUCUCGAUCGCUGUGUGUGCGCCAUCAUUUUGUGGAAGUAAGAAGUGUAGAGAUCGGGUUUCUCCAAGCCUCGUUAUUUUGGGAGCAUCCACGCUCUGUACCGUUACUAUGUAGCAACAAUCAUCAUUGGAAAUUUAUAUUUCGUUAACAAGAAAACUUCUAGGAUCCUUAGAAGCAGACGACACACAAUUUUGACAACGGAAUUAGUUUGGACGACGACUUGUGUUUUUCCCCCAGGAUUUUGGAAUGGUGACAUUUAACCGUCCCAGUCAUGGGGAAAAGGAAUAGUAAGCUGAAACAGGAGGAGGUAGUGGAACUGAGGAAGCGAACUUAUUUUACCGAAGAGGAAAUUCAACAAUGGUACAAAGGGUUCAUGAAAGACUGUCCAGAUGGCAAGCUAACAUUAGAUGGUUUUACAAAAAUUUACAAGCAGUUUUUUCCAUUCGGUGAUCCAAGCAAAUUUGCAUCUUUUGUAUUUAAUGUCUUUGAUGAAAACAGGGAUGGGUUUAUAGAAUUCCAGGAGUUUCUCCAAGCGUUGUCGGUGACUUCACGAGGGAGUGUACAAGAAAAGUUACAAUGGGCUUUUAAGUUGUAUGACCUUGACAGUGAUGGUUUCAUCACACGUGAAGAACUACUGGAUAUAGUGGAUGCAAUAUAUAAAAUGGUGGGAAAUUCUGUCAAACUUCCAGAGGAGGAGAAUACACCCGAAAAACGAGUCAAUAAGAUAUUUGAAAUAAUGGAUAAGAACAAGGAUGAUAAACUUUCGUUUGAUGAGUUUCUUGAUGGUUCCAAGAAGGACCCUACCAUUAUACAAGCACUGACAUUGUAUGACACAACCAGUCAACAACCAGGAUGAAAGAAGUGGGAGGGGCUUAGGAUGUGUAUUUUUAUGUUGCAAUGAGAUCACCUUGGAGACCAAAAUGAUUGACACAUACCGCCUUUUAAAAUACCCACCAUGCCCAUGUUGAGAAUAUUUCUGAAAAGUUGUGAUAUUUUUUAUUUGAACUAUUUAUUUCCUGUAUUGUUUUAUUUAUUUCAUCUGCCUUGGUUUGGAAAACACUUCACUAUUUAGUGUUUUUCUUUUGUUUAAUGUGUAGGGUAGCAUAAAUCCUCAACUUGAACACAAAUUAAAGUUAUAAUGUGUAAGGUAGCAUAUAACCUUAACUGUAACACAAAUUCAUUUCAAAUGUGAGGUAGAAUAUCUCCUUAAAUAAUUAACUCUUACACCAACUGUAGUUAUAAUGUGCGAGAGUGCAUACCUCUUUACCUCAAAAAACAAACAUGGGUUAAGGCGGAAGGUAAUUAACAUAAAUUACUCACAAAUUACGUAAAGAAUGAAACAUCUCUGUAAUUGUUUUUGUCCCCGUGUCAUUCAUAAAAACUACAGUAACACAAGAAAAGAUUGUGUGCCAAUGUUUUGCUCUUGAAGGAGAAUUCAACAUGUGAUGGGGAAAUAACCUAAGUUAUGCAUAUACAGUGAUGGUUUUUGCCUGGUUUUAAAGCCAAAUACAGACUGCUUCCCCUAGCCAAAAAAGUGCUUUAUUUUCCAAAAUUAUGUAGGCACAGACUGUUGUAAAUUUAGGUAGUAUAUUUAGCAGUACUGGUAAGCAUAAGUGGGCGAAACUCAAUAACUGGGCAAAUUUGUUUUGAAAGGCCUAUUCCGUAUGCGUAUUGCAGAGUUAUCUUCUCUUGGGAGCAGGUAUUAAUUGU